GCCCGCCGCCAGCUGCCAGCGCCGCAGCUCCGGUGCCUUAAAUAGAGUGGGCGCCGGCGCAGCUAUUGCGGGGGGUGGGGGGGGGUGCAGGGAGUGAGUUGCUGUGCGGGCUUGGUUGGUGGCUGUGUUGCUUUGUUGCACGCUGCUAUGACUCUGGAGGAGACGCAAGGACAGGAGCCGGUGCCCGCGGGCAAGGACUGGAUGCAGAGCGCAGGCAAGGCCCUCCACGAGCUGCUGGUGUCAGCGCAGCGCCGCGGCUGCCUCACUGCCGGCGUCUACGAGUCGGCCAAGCUAAUGAACGUGGACCCGGAUAAUGUGGCAUUCUGCGUGUUGGCAGCCGAUGAGGAGGAUGAGGGGGACAUCGCCCUACAGAUCCACUUCACCCUCAUUCAGGCCUUCUGUUGUGAGAAUGAUAUCGACAUCGUGCGGGUGAAUGACCUACCCAAGCUGGCUGCUGCCGUGGGGCCCAGUGAGGACUCUGGUGAGCCCAGAGACCUGCACUGCAUCCUCAUCACGAACGCAAAUGAAGGUGGCUGGAAGGACCCAGCUCUAGAGAAGCUGAACUGCUUCUGUGAAGAAAGCCGGAACAUCAAUGAGUGGGUGCCAACUAUUGUCUUGCCCAAGUGAUGGUGAUCUGGCAUGCUGGGGAGGCUGAAACCUCUGUUGCAUUCUCAACGUGGUGUUGGUUCACUAAAGUGUGCAACAAGCUGCUGAUUCCAUGGAUUAGCCUGGUCAAGAGACUGAAUUACAGUCACUCAGACUGGCAUGCAGUGGGCUCUUACAAAGGAGACAGGAAAAGAAUAGCUCAUCUCACCAGUGAGCCUCAGUAGGCUGCAGCUGUGGGGAAGCUAACAUACUGUGGAACUGAAACAAGUAUUGCAAGUUUCCUGGUCAAGUGGAGCUACUUCAGAAGGCAGAGGAAGUUAGGGGAAGUGGGAUGAAACUUCACAGAAGGACUGAACAGGGUACUGUGACUAGAAACUGUUGGCGCUGUCUACAAAACAUGAAGAGAAGCAAGUUAUAAUACUUCAUGGACUUUUAGAGACUGAUUACCAAGUCAGAUAUAGAGACUUUUAAAGCAGGCAGACUUCAACAGGCCUAUGGGCCACUCUGCAGAACUGGUUUAAUAAUGCAAUAGUUUUUAUUGAAAUAUUUGCUGCUAUGGAAGCUUUCAUAAUAAAUUUUUGACAUUUAA